AUGUGGCUUAAUCAUUCUGGUGAGAGGCCGUGCCCACAUCUCUCCCUGGAGGAGACGCAAAUCCUCCGGUUACAUGCUGGCAGCUUGGCAGGGGCAGAGAAAACUUGUGUAAAAAAUGAAAGUGAUUGGAGGUGGUGCAGUGCAGAUGAUGUUAAUCCCCCUCCAGAUUUGCCCGCUCCAUCUUUCCUCACUAUCCCACCACCAGUGAAUGACUUCAGUGCCCCUUCACAACCUCCAACAGCAGAGAACACAGAGAAAUCUGUCACACCAGCCAUCAGUGAUCAAGAGAAUCAUGCAUUUUCAUCUGAUCAGGAGAGUGUGUCAGUAUGUGACGCACAAACUGCUCAGCAGCACCACCUAGAAGACAAAGUCAAUUGCAUUGAGGGUCGUGAAUUGUCAGACAAACAGAGUGACAAAUUUGACCAAGUGGGGAAAGCCUCAGAAAAAGUUAGAGGAAGAUCUGGAGCAUUGGAUGUGGAAUCUGGAGCAGGGAAGCCGGCAAAAACAGGUGCAAGAGGAUCUGGCUCAUGGUUAAGAAAAAUAUCUGAAGCAGAAGGAUCAGUAUCAGGCAUGGGAAUAAAACAAGGAGCAGGUGGAUCUGGAUCAGGGCAGAGAACAAAAUCUGGAGCAGGUCAGCGAGCAAAAUCAGGAGUGGGAUUGGAUGCAGAAUCUGGAACAGGGAAGGGAGUAAAAACAGUUGCAGGAGGAUCUGGAUCAUGGCUAAGAACAAUAUCUGAAGCAUCAGGCCUGGGGACAAAACAAGGAGCAGGUGGAUCUGGAUCAGAGCAGAGAGCAAAAUCAGGGAUAGGAGAAUUUGAAUCAGGGCUGGGAACAAAUUUAAGAGCAAGUGGAUCUGGAUUGGGGCAGGGAACAAAAUCAGGGUCAGAAGGAUCUGGAUCGAACUUCAGAAUAAAAUCUGUAGCAGAUGGAUCUGGAGAAGCAUCUGGAUCAGGACUGGGAAGAAAAUCAGAAGCAGAAGGAUCUAGAGCAGCAUCUGGAUCAAGACUGGGAACAAAAUCAGGAGCAGAAGGAUCUAGAGCAGAAGCAGAAGGAUCUAGAGCAGCAUCUGGAUCAAGACUGGGAACAAAAUCAGAAGCAGAAGGAUCUAGAGCAGCAUCUGGAUCAGGGCUGGGAACAAAACCAGGAGCAGAAGGAUCUGGAGCAACAUCUGGAUCAGGACUGGAAAUAAAAUCAGAAGCAGAAGGAUCUAGAGCAGCAUCUGGAUCAGGACUAGGAACAAAAUCAGAAGCAGAAGGAUCUAGAGGAACAUCUGGAUCAGGACUGGGACCAAAAUCAGGAGCAGAAGGAUCUGGAGCAGCAUCUGGAUCAGGACUGGAGUGCUGCCCGAUGUGUCUAAUGCCAUUUCCUGAAGGGUUCACCCAAAUGGAUUGCGAUGGUCAUCUUGCGCAAUGUUUAUCAGAGAUUCAUGAAGAUAUUAUUUGGUGAUGAUAAGGAAAUUCUGUUAUAUUAUUUUAGGUACCUGUGUUACGUUGCAUGUGCUUGCAAAGUAUUACUUUAGCAUUUUGAUUACUGUAUCCAGAAAGCCUGUUAAAGGAAUAGUUUACCCAAAAA